AUCACUGAUACAGAUAUAACAGAAAAUGACGGAUUGGUUCUAUCGGUUCCCAAUAGCCAUACGCUAAACAUACCUCCUAUUCCGAUGCCUCGUAGAGGUUCAUCGCCUGAUCUCAAGAUUACCGCUGAGACUGGAAGGACUCGUACGCUAUCAAACCCGCCAGAUAUGGACAAUGAGAACAAUUUAAUAAAAUACAAAUCGAAACCAAAUUUAUUGAAUUUAAGUAAAUCGACGACUAAUUUGAAGAAAGAGUCUUCUAGUCGAUUCAGUUGGUCCGGCUAUAAGAAGGCCUUCAGACUAGUCAGCGAUCGCCGCAAUUCUCACACAGCGCUCGACACCGACAACUCCGGCACCGGAAUCGAAGCGUUGAGUUUGAAAUACAAUUCUAGUCUCAGAGGACACGAAGACAUCCCUAGAAAUGUGAAACAAGUGACCGACACUUACGGCAAUGAUUUCUUCGCCGCCGAUCACAUCACAGCUCAGGGAUUGGGAAUUGAAGUCGUGAUGAAUCCUCAAAUUCAAUACACAUCUCCU